AAUUUACUAGUAACAACUACAUACUUUUAAAAAUGCCAAUUCAAGACUCACAAGUGCGGAUGUACAGAAGGAGAAAAAUCAUUAAUUUAAUGUCAGAGUGAUGAUGGAAGAGUUGGCCUAGAAACAGAACGGACCACCCUUUAUUUACUCCGAUCCACCACUGCCUUAUCGUUUCUUCUUCCAUUUCCUAUAUUCUCUUUUCUUCACCUGACUGUAUAUAUAUAAAUAGGAAAUACACAUUCGGACUGUAUAAAAAGUAUACUGUAUAUACAUACAGAUAGAGAUCAGAAGGAGAGAAAACAUGGUGGGCGUAUUUUCCAGAUUUUCCUCAAGUAAUAAGGCUGCCCAUAGAAGAAGUCGAAGUGCCAUUAUUGAUGAAAGGACUGAACUGCCUCCAAGGUCGUCGGAGGUAGCCGCAUGUGGUGGUUCUGCUGUGGCGGCAGGGGUUGACGUGGUGGCGACCGCCACCACACACAGCAUUGAACGUGCGGCGGUUGAGUUUAAGCCGAUUGAGCAUCCAAACGAGCCUCUCAUCAAUGAAGCACCGGUUCAGUGCCCUUUUCCAGAACUACCAGUAAUAUUGUAUGAGGGAAAGAUAAGGAAGGAGCACAUUCACGGAGGAGGAAGGAUUGAUUUUCCAGUUACGAAAGAAGGGGAUGAAGUCAUUUUAGAGGCACAGAUUCUGCCAAAAUGUAAAACCCAUGCUAACCGACGCCAGAUUCUGCCAUCCUUGAGUGCACCAGAACAUAUUAUCCUAAGUUUGCUUGAUGAAUCUCUCGUUUAACUGUCCUCUGCAUUUUUAUUUUCAUUUUAUUAAUCUAUUUUUACUUAUUUAUGAUUUGAUGUAUAAAUGUAAAGAUGAAAAAUUAUAUGCAUAUAUCUUAUUUUACAGUUUUUACUAAGAGGCACAUAUAUUGUUUUAUAAGGGGAAAUCGAAUUUUCGUUCCUUCAAAUAGUACACAUAUUACACAUUGAAAUAUAUAAGCUUG